AUGAAAUCUUUGGUCAUUAUCGCCUCUGUCAUCGCUUUGGCCAUAGCCGGCCCUGCCCACCGUGGCCUGGUUGAGCCUGGCCCAGCUGGUCCCGCUCCGGCACCAGCACCCGAGUUCGUCCCCAUCGCAGUGGGCCCGGCUAUACUGGACUUCGAGCCUAUUGCCAUCGGCCCCGCUGUGAUUGACUCUCUCCCUAUCUCUGUUGGACCCGCCAUCAUCGACUCUGAACCUGUUGCCGUCGGACCCGCCAUCAUUGAGGAGCCCAUCGCUGUUGAGCCUGUGCAUGUUGUCGAGGAGGCCGCCGCUGUCCCCUCUAAUCCUCUAGUCCAGAUCGUCCUGAACAUCAAUGGUGUCUCCCACGUCAUCGAUGCUCCCGUCAGUGUGCCCGCUGUUGAGCCCGUCGUAGUCCCUAGCCCGAUACACGUUAUUGAGGCUGCCCCUGAGCCUGUUCAGGUCAUCGAAGUUGCUCCUGAACCCGUAAAUGUUGUUGAGAUCGCCCCCGUUGAGAUCGGAAGCCCCGUCCUUCCCACUCCCGUGGUCGUCCCUGAGCCUGUUGCUAUCGGCGCACCGCAACUGCCCCAGCUCGUCGAGAAACACUAA